UGGAGCAGCUCCGCAAUGAAAGGAGGCGCUGGGGGGGAGCGGAGGGGCCGGAGCCAGGGGGAGAGGCUGCGGGCCGGGCCCCGCUCCCGCCGGGAUGCGGCGAGGUCAGCGCCGGGGGGCGCGGCCGGCGGGGCGAACACCCGGGCCUUCAGCGAAUUGAGGAGGCCGGUAGAGGACUGUGGAGAAGGAAAGUUUAUAACCAGCAGUGCCAGGAUGGACUUCCCUGCUACCCAACCAAAACCUGCUGCCGACGGUAAAAUCAUCUACUAUCCUCCUGGAGUGAAGGAGAUUACGGACAAAAUUACCAACGAUGAGGUGGUUAAACGGUUAAAGAUGGUGGUAAAAACAUUCAUGGAUAUGGACCAGGACUCAGAAGAUGAGAAGCAGCAGUAUCUCCCACUAGCCUUGCACCUUGCAUCUGAAUUCUUCCUCAGGAAUCCCAAUAAAGAUGUGCGCCUCCUUGUAGCAUGUUGCUUGGCUGAUAUCUUUCGUAUCUAUGCUCCUGAAGCUCCAUAUACUUCCCAUGACAAACUUAAGGACAUAUUCUUGUUUAUUACAAGACAAUUGAAAGGCUUGGAGGACACAAAGAGCCCUCAAUUUAACAGAUACUUUUACUUGUUAGAGAAUUUAGCUUGGGUUAAAUCUUACAACAUCUGCUUUGAGUUGGAAGAUUGCAAUGAAAUUUUUAUUCAGCUUUUUAGGACUCUUUUUUCAGUUAUCAAUAAUAGCCACAACCAGAAGGUACAAAUGCAUAUGCUGGAUUUGAUGAGUUCUAUCAUCAUGGAAGGCGAUGGAGUAACUCAGGAGCUGCUGGACUCGAUUUUGAUUAACCUCAUUCCUGCACACAAGAACCUUAAUAAACAAGCAUUUGAUCUUGCAAAAGUCCUGUUGAAAAGGACCGUCCAGACCAUUGAACCUUGUAUUGCCAAUUUUUUUAAUCAGGUUCUGGUACUGGGGAAGUCUUCAGUAAGUGACUUAUCAGAACAUGUGUUUGACUUGAUACAAGAGCUUUUUGCCAUAGAUCCUCACUUACUGCUGUCUGUCAUGCCACAGCUUGAAUUCAAGCUGAAGAGCAAUGAUGGAGAAGAGCGUUUGGCUGUUGUUCGACUUUUGGCUAAACUCUUUGGCUCCAAAGAUUCUGAUCUGGCCACGCAAAAUCGACCUCUUUGGCAGUGCUUUCUUGGGCGGUUCAAUGAUAUCCAUGUCCCUGUGAGAUUAGAGAGUGUGAAAUUCGCCAGUCAUUGUUUAAUGAACCAUCCAGACUUAGCAAAAGACCUCACUGAAUAUUUGAAGGUUAGAUCACAUGACCCAGAAGAAUGGCGAGUAAGAAAAGAAGCUAUGAUGGGUCUUGCCCAGCUAUACAAGAAGUACUGUCUUCAUGCCGAGGCUGGAAAAGAUGCUGCAGAGAAAGUGAGCUGGAUAAAGGAUAAACUUUUGCACAUAUAUUAUCAAAAUAGCAUUGAUGACAAAUUACUGGUAGAGAAAAUCUUUGCUCAGUAUCUUGUUCCACACAAUUUGGAAACGGAAGAGCGAAUGAAGUGCUUGUACUAUUUGUAUGCUAGCUUGGAUCCAAAUGCUGUCAAAGCACUGAAUGAGAUGUGGAAGUGCCAGAACAUGCUAAGGAGUCAUGUACGAGAACUGCUAGACUUGCAUAAGCAGCCCACUUCAGAAGCAAACAGUGCUGCCAUGUUUGGAAAGCUGAUGACCAUAGCAAAAAACCUUCCAGAUCCUGGAAAAGCACAAGAUUUUGUGAAGAAAUUCAAUCAGGUUUUGGGUGAUGAUGAGAAACUUCGGUCCCAGCUUGAACUGUUAAUAAGCCCUACAUGUUCUUGCAAACAGGCAGAUGUCUGUGUGAGAGAGAUAGCCCGGAAACUUGCAAAUCCUAAGCAGCCAACAAAUCCUUUUCUGGAAAUGGUCAAAUUUCUUUUGGAAAGAAUUGCCCCUGUACAUAUUGACUCAGAAGCCAUUAGUGCACUAGUAAAACUAAUGAAUAAAUCCAUAGAGGGGACAGCUGAUGAUGAAGAGGAGGGUGUAAGUCCUGAUACUGCUAUCCGUGCAGGACUUGAACUUCUCAAGGUUCUGUCCUUUACACAUCCUACCUCGUUCCACUCUGCAGAGACCUAUGAGUCUCUGCUACAGUGCCUCAGGAUGGAAGAUGAUAAGGUAGCUGAGGCAGCCAUACAGAUUUUCAGAAACACGGGUCAUAAAAUAGAAACAGACUUGCCACAGAUAAGAUCAACACUAAUUCCGAUUUUGCAUCAGAAAGCAAAAAGGGGCACUCCCCAUCAGGCAAAACAAGCUGUUCACUGUAUACAUGCCAUAUUUUCAAAUAAAGAAGUGCAGCUUGCACAGAUCUUUGAGCCUCUUAGUAGAAGUUUGAAUGCUGAUGUACCAGAACAACUUAUAACUCCCUUGGUCUCUUUGGGUCAUAUUUCUAUGUUGGCUCCAGACCAGUUUGCUUCUCCAAUGAAAUCUGUUGUUGCAAAUUUCAUUGUGAAAGAUCUCCUAAUGAAUGACAGGUCAACAGGUGAGAAAAAUGGAAAAUUGUGGUCUCCAGAUGAAGAAGUCUCUCCAGAAGUACUAGCAAAGGUGCAAGCAAUUAAACUUUUGGUACGCUGGUUGUUGGGUAUGAAAAACAACCAGUCGAAAUCCGCAAAUUCCACACUCCGGUUAUUAUCAGCUAUGCUCGUCAGUGAAGGAGACUUGACAGAACAGAAGCGAAUCAGUAAAUCGGAUAUGUCUCGACUACGAUUAGCUGCUGGUAGUGCAAUAAUGAAACUUGCACAGGAACCCUGUUACCAUGAAAUAAUUACCCCAGAACAGUUCCAGCUCUGUGCACUUGUCAUUAAUGAUGAGUGCUACCAAGUGAGGCAGAUAUUUGCCCAGAAAUUGCAUAAGGCACUUGUGAAAUUACUGCUCCCUUUGGAAUAUAUGGCAAUCUUUGCUUUGUGUGCCAAAGACCCUGUGAAGGAGAGAAGAGCACAUGCCAGGCAGUGCUUGCUCAAAAACAUCAGUAUACGAAGAGAGUAUAUUAAGCAGAAUCCUAUGGCUAAUGAAAAAUUACUGUCCUUGCUGCCUGAAUACGUGGUACCGUAUAUGAUUCACUUACUGGCACAUGAUCCAGAUUUCACAAAACCUCAGGAUGUUGAUCAGCUUCGUGAUGUCAAAGAGUGCCUGUGGUUCAUGCUUGAAGUUUUAAUGACAAAGAAUGAAAACAAUAGCCAUGCCUUCAUGAAAAAGAUGUCAGAAAACAUCAAGCUUACCCGAGAUGCUCAGUCUCCUGAUGAGCCAAAGGCCAAUGAAAAACUUUACACAGUAUGUGAUGUAGCACUAUGUGUAAUCAACAGCAAAAGUGCUUUGUGUAAUGCAGAUUCACCGAAGGACCCUGUAUUGCCAACCAAAUUUUUUACACAACCUGAAAAGGAUUUCUGCAAUGACAGGAAUUACAUUUCAGAAGAGACAAGGGUUCUUCUUUUGACAGGAAAGCCAAAACCAACUGGUGUAUUAGGUACAGUAAACAAACCAUUAUCUGCAACUGGAAGAAGACCAUAUAUUAGAACUACAGGAUCAGAGACUGGAAGCAGUGUAAACUCUGAGCUGAGUGCUUCUGCAGGAAACAGGUCAAGGGAACAAAGUUCAGAUAUAUCAGAAACCGGGGUCAGUGAAAAUGAUGAAAAUCCUGUGAGGAUUAUUUCAGUCACACCAGCAAAGACAGAACCUGUGAAAAACAAGGAGAUUAAUUCUGAUCAGGCUACACAAGGAAACAGCACUGAACGUGGGAAAAAAAGAACAGCAACAGCAUCUGGAACUGAGAAUAUUCAUCAAAAAACAGAAGAAAAAAGUGUAGAUGAAACAGGCCCAUCGCUAGCAGCAAAAACCAGAAGAGGGCGACCAACCAAACCGGAACCUCAGGGUACCACUGCAAAAAACGAGGAAACAAACAAACCACCUGUCAGGGGAAGGAAGAGAGCAGCAGCCAAUCAGGAAAGUCCAGGGAGUUUAGAGGCAGGUAAUGCCAAAGCACCAAAACAGCAAGACACAGCGAAAAAGCCAGCGGCAGCACAGAGACAAAUUGAUCUACAGAGGUAA